GUUGUAUCUUUCGGCUUACAGUGGAUGUACAUGUCACUGACAAAUGCCUAUCAGAAGAACUACUAACUCCAGCAUUCCUAUUCAAGGAAAAGCCACAACACACCCUCCCAUGCGUAUUUGUGCAAUGUGACGUAAAAGUAAAUAGAGUGUCUGUCAAGAAGGCAUUUAAACCGUCAGAUGCUCGAGGACGGUGUUUUGUAUGAUCACUGAUGUUUUUACAGAGAUUAGUGCUACCAGCAAUGCAGAAGACCUUUAAAAGAAGCAAAGUAACUAGCAUCCUUUUGGAAAAUGACAUAUUGUUUUCCCCCUUAAAAGAAACCAAAAAGGAAAAUUUAGAUUUUGUUGAAGUUUUCCCACCAGAAAUAAGUUUGAAAAUUUUCAGUGACCUCGACAUUAAGAGCUUAUGUACUGCUGCACUUGUUUGCAAAACUUGGAAUUAUGUAAUUAAUAACAGUGACAGUCUGUGGAGAAAACACUGUUUGAUAGUGAGAGCUAUCUGUCAAAAAGAGGUUGAUGAUGAUCGGGGGACUGGAUACUCCUGGAAGGUUACCUUGCAAAGAAACUACUGGAAGAGAGGCAUUAAGGAAGGAUGGCUGAAUGGUCUGUACAGUAACAUUAAUUCUGCUGCUGAGAUGCCAGAAAACCACAUUUAUCCUAUGGAUGUGGAUACCUGGGGAGAAAUACUGGAAGCGGAAUUAGAAAGAUAAAAUAUAUAUAUAUAUAUAUAUAAAUAAUUAUAUAUUAACAAUAUGUAACUUAAGAUAUUGGAUGUGCUAAUCAUUUAGAUUUAUUUUAUUAAGACUGUAU